AAAUUCCAUUGGGGCUUUUUUUUUUUUUUUAUCAGCACGUUUCUAUUUUUAUUUGCAGCAGGUUUCGGUUUUGGUUUCUUUUUUUUGUGGUAACUUCUGUUGUGACUUCUUUUUUUCUUUUUUCUUUGCAUUUUUUUUUUUGAUUUGCAGCAAUGGCGGUUCUUGACCACUGCAGAAAGAAACAUAUCAAACAUUAAAAUACUAAAUUUUAUUGUCUUUGAAAAAUAUUUGCUCAUUUUAUAGAUGUGAUUUAAACAAGUUGUUUGAGUAAUGUUGGGACAGCUCGCCUUCAUCAUAGCUUUUGUUAUAUGGUGCGACAAAUGUUUAACAUCGAAGAUGAAUCAGGGCUGCAAGCAGGUGUCUUCAGCAUAGGGACUAUAAGUGAGCCCUGUAUGACGCCAUACAAAUAAUGGAGCUAUCAGGCUUAUAAUGUAAAUAUGUUGGAUACUGACUGUUUAUUGAGUAACAGAGAAGGGGUGGGUUUAAGUAAGCACAAUGCUUCAUCUUACUCCUUUCGGACAUCUUGGGUUGACAUUAUUAUUAUUAUUAUUAUUAUUAUUAUUAUUAUUAUUAGUAGUAGUAGUAGUAGUAGUAGUAGUAGUAGAAGUAGUAGUAGUAUUUUGGUUUGUUUUUGUUGCUUUGGUUAUCGUUAUUGCUGUUUUGAAUAUUCUCAUUGGUUUUGUUUGUUUGUUUUCAGUUUACUUUCUUGUGUUUUCCGCUUAUGUUCAAAAAUAUAUAUAAAAUAAAUAAAGAUAAGAAAUAAACCUGUUGUUCAGUUCAUUUAUGACAUCUUUGAACUGUGCACUGGUAACAUAACAAAUGUCUCUCCCCAACAGCAGGGGACCCAUCAUCCAUGACUUCAACAAGGAUUUUCCAUCUUUGGACUGAAUAGUUUAGACCUACAUUUUCUGAGGAUGCAGCCACAAACUGUGUCUAUGAACAAUGGUUUCUUGGAGAAAUUUGAGUCCAUACAGUGAUUUACACUACAGAGUCAUGUAUGUUAUACAGCAGAGCCACCUAAAAGCCCAAAGACACUAGGCAUUCUGGUUUCUCUGUAUCUUUGAGUCAUAUCAUGUAAAUGUUGAAAUCCCUAAAUUCCUUACAAUUUCCUCAUUUUGACCUAUAGUUCAGACCUAUAGAAAUUGCUUUUUGUUUCGGUUACUUUUACAAUUCAGUAUUUUUUUAAUUAUUCAUAGAGCGGUUACAUGUAUGCACAAAUCUUAUGUAAUAUAUCUUUUCUCCACAUUAUCACAUUUGUUAUUGUUUAUUUGGUGGUCCCUAUGGUGGUAAAUAAUGAGUGAAUGUAUAGCCCAGUGUAUUUGACCUCUGAGGCUGGUUGCUAUUCAUAGGGGGGGAUCAACCACGAGGUGGCAGCAUUUUUGUUUGAGCGCUGAGCCAUCCAUAAACCGACUGCUCUGUAGUUAUCCUGAGUUUUAAUCAGUGGCUAACACACACAAACACACGAAUUAUUCGGACAUAGAGGCGUGGCUACAGUGACAGUAGCAGAGGGGCGGAACUGUGCUCCAAGAGUUUAAUUUAAAGCAUCCUGAGUUGAGCGUGUUGCUCAGUACAUGUCUAAAACUCCAGUCUUUGACACAGCAGCAUCCUUCAUUCAUAGCAGGUCUGUGUAGCUAUAGUCAACAUGUCAAACUCGGACCGGGUUGUCUUAGCUUUGGGAGGAGCGGGGACUGUGGGCUCUGGGGUUGUUAAGGCACUUCUAGAUAAAGGUAAGCUGACACCCGUUUUGACAUGUUUUAUUUCAGAAAGGAAAAUUCUCAGCACACUCUGUAAGAUAAAUGUUUUAUUGUUAACUCUCAAUCGUAUAGACUAACAUUUUGGAUACCGUCAGACCUACUUUUACGCAUUGGGAAUUUGUCUCUUGGAUUUUACGCCGGCAUUUUCUAUCAUGGUGUACUGCAGAGAUGACUUUUAUGAGUAUUUCAGGGUCCGUUUGAGUGAAACAUUUCUUGCAGUGAAAUGUUGCGACUUGCCGUAAUCAUAUGAAGGCGCGUGGAUGUCUACAUUUCUGGUUUUAUCUACAAGGGCCUCACUUAGAGAAGUCUAAACAACAGCAUUUGGCCCUCAUCGUACCAUGAUGCGCUCUUCUCUGGUGUGCAUUACGCGCGAGGUUAUCUGUCUCUAAGGUCAGGCAUCGUUAUGAGCGCAUCUCGGUGCUGGCUGCGCAAACAAUGACUCUCAGUUCAUUUGGCAGAGGAGCGCAGUGCUUCUCAGCCAAAUUAAGUGUGGGCAUGAAAUCAAAAUUAACCUUUGGCACGCACACUUAUUUCAAGGCUGCAAAAACCUUUAUUAACGCUCAUUCCAAAUACGUUUUUUCUAGUUUCUUUUCCAUGGUCCCUCUUAUCAAAAAUCAAUACAAAUGAAUGGAAGAAGUAAUGCUACAAUGCAUCGUACAUGCUUUAUUUUGCAUGUUAAAAUAGAAAUAUUAGCAAUGCUUGGAUUAAGAGAAACACUGAGGACCAUAAAAGACUUAUUAGGCAAACACAGACAUUCAAGAAAUUGCUUAUAUUUAAGAACACCAUCAAAAGAUCAGACUUGUUUGAAUACUUUAAUGAUUAACCAAUGUUAUGUGAUUUUUAUGCAAAUCUCUGUUCUAAAGGUCUCUUUCUCCACACAAUUAAAUAGCAAAUGAUCCUUUAAUUAUUUCCUCUCCUCCUUCUUUUAAAAUGAUCACAUCCAUCUAUCACCUGCAAACUAGGUGGAUUGGAAUUCCUGCUAUUUCUACUGCUGAAAGUUUAGUGAGUUGUAGUGAUAUCUUUGGUUUGUUUGGUAAAAACUACACUGACCAACUAUUUUUGGAGUCUGACAGGGCUAUUUCCAAAGUCUGAAAAUGUUUCUACAGUGUUUUCAUCCAUGCGGAUUUCUAGAUUAUAUAAUCAAUUUGACUGAGGAUGGAUUUACACACUGACCUCUCAAAUAUGUGUUGUCUAAAGUUAGAGCUUCAGAGCAGAGGAGGUCAGGUAAUAACAAUCAAAAAAGAAAAGAAAAAUUAGCAACCUUUUUCAUGCUUGUGUUUAUGUGUAUUUGUGUUGAUAUUUUUUUUAUGAAUUAUUCAUAUAUGUCAAUAAUUAGGAUUUAAAUGAUGUCUGAUGACAUUAGGGGGGUUUCUGCUGCAGAUGCAAUCAACAAAGUCCCAAAGUCUGAUGUGAAUUUAUCUUAUUUAGGACUCUACUGUUCCUCAUCAUCAGCUUUUUUUAAAAAUCAGAUUUUGUGAUUCAAGGCGGUCCAGUAUAUUUUUGGACCUUAUCUAGGCUGUUUCGAACCUUAAAGCUGAAAGUAGGUUAUCUGUUUUGCUUUGUUGCCUCUGUACUCAACAUGAACCAGUGCAGGAGAUGUGCAGGACGCAGAGUCCAGAGCUUUGCUGCCAAAAGAGAGCAGAAAGUUACCAUCUGCUGCUCCAUCAUGUUUAUUCCUCUGAUGACCCUGAUAGGCAGACGAAAACAAUGACGUCCAUUUAUUGAAUAUCUAUUUUCAUGUAAGAGGGAUUAGUCCUAAUGUUUCUGUGUUAAAGGCUCUGUUAUUCUCAUGUGCACUACAGAUUAAUGUAUUAACUAAUGUAUAUUUUGUGUGUGUCAUACAUGUCUGUGUGUCUGUUGUUGUAUGUGUGCAAAGGUUUCAAAGUUGCAGUGAUCUCUAGGGACAGCAGCCGCCUGGAGAGACUCCGUUCAUUUGUCUCUCCAAACACAAAGGAUAACCUCACUACUAUUGUGGGGAAUGUGGGUGAGUCCAGUUACAGGUCCUCCUAUUCACCCAAGACAACAACUGUUAGAAAUUAAGGUCAUCUAAGUGUCAUUUGACAGGCUUAGUCAUGCUGCACACGCAUCACAUUCAUACAAGUAAGAUUUCAACUCAGAUAGCAUAGAAUAAAUAAGAAAUCAAUACAGUAAGAAAUUGGAGACUUACAAUUUUGUCUGCUUUUUCACUUACAAGCCCACAAAAAGUUAUGAUCAUGCUAUGCAUGUAGUCUCUGAAAAUGUUUAUAGUAGGGCUGUCGGCUUUGCAAUAAGAGACAAACUUUUCCGUAAACUUUGUCCAGUUCUGGAGCACCAAGUAUCCUUGGAUACUGAAAUUCUUGGAGCAACUUAGGGCCUUUUUCGGAAACAAGAGUGGUUUCUUAGCCAGAAUUCAAUUAAAUGUGCAAAGAUCAAAACACUCAACCUUUAACUCCAGAUGAUACACCUCAAAAAAAUUAUAAACCAAAAAAAUCCAAAAUAAUCCCAACAAUUUCCCUGGCCAAAAACUGAUAUAAUAACCUUUGUGGUUCAAAAUGAGGAGAAGCUGUUCCCGUCUCUAGAUCUCCUCUGCAUUGAAACAAUAUGUGUUUUUUAAAAGCUGACAUAAAAACUGGUUCCACAUAGCUACCUCAUAUUAGAUUAACUACCAAGGCUGUGCCAUAUUUUGCCCAGGAAUGGAAAGUCCCAGAAAUUUCUGGUCUGAGACACAGAGGCGGUGGUAAAGCGGAGUGGAAAAAAACAAAUGGGCCAUCAAAGAAUCAUUCAUUUCAACAUGUUGUUCGUUUUAUUAUCAUUUCCAGUUACCUCUUUUCACUGAAAAUAUGAUGAAAAAAGUAUCACGAAGAUUAGAUGCAGUGAUGGAUUGUUGGCUAGUGAGUUAUAAGUCUUUUCAGGCCUUUUGGAAAUUAUUUGGUUAUGUUCAACAUCACAGGAUGCCACUGUGAUUAACCUGAGCUGAGUAAAUUUGGUAAGAGCAUAGGUUCUUUUCCAGGGGAGUCCCAGUACAGAUUUUAACUAUCAGGUUAGAGCCAAAUCAUCCAUCUUUUGACUGAUCAGGGGUCAGCAGUUGAGCAGAUCAUCUCACCUUGAACAAUUGAGUCAUCUCAAGUUAGCAAUGAGUUUUGAGAGUCAGUAGAGUGGUGUUCAGUGGUACCAGUAUGAUACAACAUCUAAUAACUAAACACAAAAUGAACCACAGGGCAUUCACUAAAGCAACAGAGGAAAUGGGCAACAAUUCUGGACUUUAAAAGGAUGGGUGCUUUUGGGUCCUGUCAACAUUACAUUUUGGAUACCACCCCUUUAUCAGAGCACUACAGCAAAGCUCCUGACAAAAAUCAAAGUGAUUUAAAACAUGAUGCUGGUUUCAUCACUGACAUUUUGGAGCUCUGACAUUUGGGCCAUGUCAUUGCUGAGCCUCACUGGAUGGGUUCCUCCUACUUUAGUUUCAUGAGUUUCUUUUUGUAAACUAAAGAAUGAUGUGAAGCUCUAUUAUCUGUGCAAAUACAAGUAACUGAUCAGGACUCGAUAUCUGUAGGUGUUUAAUAUUUGAAAAAUGGGAUUGGGAUCAGGCCCAGAAAAGCUGAUUGUAACAUCCCUUUCACCUUUGAUACAGGCUUUGCACAGAGGUUUCAGUUGCGCUCAGCCACCAAUGGAUUAUCUUUAGAGAAGGUUACAUUAUUGGAGUGAUGGCCAUUAUGGGCUCAGAAGUGAUUAUCAGAGAAUAAAGUAGAUUAAGUGAUUGAAUGUUUACAUACAAUGGGCCUGGGCAGUGAAGGGGUCAUUGUUCAAAGCUUUGAGUGUUUGUGGAUGCAGCAGCAGCAGCAGCAACGGCAGAUGUCCAAGCUGGUCUAAACCCACAAAGAUUCAACUCGUCUCAGAGCACUGGUUUGGCUGAGUAGUUAACGCACAUGCACUUUAUGGAGAGGCUAUAGAGCUCAUUGCAGAGGCCCACCAUGAUUUUUACCUGCACGUUAACCUCCACUCUCUCUACUCCCUAUGUUACUAGUCUCUUUAUAGCUGUCCUUAUCCAGCGAAGGAAAAAACUGACCAAGAUGCAACUGUUAGAAAAGCGUGUAUGUAAGUGAACCAGAGAAGAUAGAUUUCGAUGACUGAAGUUAUGAAACCUUAGCUUACCAGAGAAAAUAAAACAUGUAAAUCCCCCCUGUCCCCACAGUAUUUUCUCGCCUGUGACCAGGAACACAGAGAAGGAUUGGUGAAAAGUUGGGCUGUCGAUGGUAGGGCAGAGGCACAGUAGGAGACUCGAGACUAAAAGCCUGAGGGCUGCACUUGCACAUGUCUUCAUUGGAGGACAGCCAGGACAGGAGACCUGGAGGUGGAAUCGCUAAUGAGACAGACUACAUAGCCUUGACAUUGGUGAGACAGUUCUGACAGCCAGACCUGCAAGCAACAGUUAAGGGUCAGGACAGGUUGCAAAUGCUGCAGAGAUACAAGAACCUAAGGAACAGUCCAGCACAAGAGCUGGUGGCUGCAGGACAAAAGAGGAAUUGGGCAGGGUGACAGUGACGGUCAGCUGAGGGUCAGAGAGUUCAGGCUGAAAUGGCCUCCUGACAGCCAAGAACCAGCGUCUGUCAGGCCUCACAGAGAAACCAGACUGGACUGGUCAGUGGAGUCCCUGCAAGACCGGGGAACAAAAGAGAAGGGCAAUAGAUUUGAUUAGAUUUUUAAAGAUGUUAGGUGCUGCAAGCAAAUAAGACGUCUCCUAAAACUGUACAUAGAUGGCUCAGCUAAAAGACAGAAUAUAUGAGUAAGGGGGCUGUACACUGUAAAAAAAAUCAUUGAUAAUACAGUUAAAACAUUCUAAUUUUAAGGAUGACGGCUCAUAACAUCCAUUAUCAUUGUAGUUCAAUCACUGAAUUACUCUACAAAAAGGUUUUAUGAACAGUAAAAACCAAGUAGUUUGAAUGUGAAAUUGGAAAAUAAAGAUCCAUAAAUGUGAAAAUACUGUCAGAACCAUGCAGUUUCCCUAGAUUUAUGAUAAUAAACUAAACAAAUUAAAAUGUCAAAACAGGACAUCAGUUCGACAACCUGACUAUAAUUCCUUAUUUUUCCUUAUUUUUUGUCAUUAUAUGUUGUUCGGUAAAGUCUUGACAAAUAAAGCUGCUAAUAAUUUACUCUGAAUUAUACAGUUUUUUUUACAAUGUGGUUCUAUCAGGGUAGACAAGUAGCAGAAUUGCCACCUUAGGACAAGAUGGCUGUAGGCCUAUCUAUCAGUCUGUCAUACACACCUACACACACACAGGGCAUGGAAGACAGGUACUGGCCUCUGCCUAAAAGUCUCUCCUUCAUUCUUCUUUCUUCUCCAGGAUCAGAGGAGGGGGCCGAACAGGCAAAACAGGACCUGCUAAAGGCGGUCGGGAAGGUGACGGACAUUGUCUCCUCUCUGGGCUUCAGCUGGUGGCAGGGAGGGCCUCCACACACACAGUCACUCAAAGACCUUCAUUGGGUGAGCGUGCAUGUUAAAAAUUGACAUCAAAACAUCAAUUGAUAAAUGUUGUCUUUUAAAUAGGAAUAUGUGCUUUUGAUCAUAUUUUAUCACUGGUGGUAGCUGAGAGAGUCGUCUUAGUAGUACUUUUGGUGAGCACAGUAUGUUCUGUUAGCUUCUGAAGGGGUUUCUCUUAAGAAGAAAAGUUCUGGUUCUUGUCUCAUUAUUUCAUCUUUGGUCAACAAACCUUCCAGGUGAUUGAGACAUUACUUUGCAGCACAUUUGUGUCAUGGAAGGCCUUUUUUCCACUGGUGAGGGACGACUCGAACUGCACCUAUACCUUCAUAACAGGUGACUUCUUCUGUCUUUUAUUUCUACUUUCUUAAAGUGUUCUGCAUAUUAAAAAUUCUGUCAUAUUGGGAGUAGAGAUGAGGAGUCAUCCAUAUUUUGGCUAAAAUCAUGCAUAAAUGAGGAACUGUGCUGAGGGGCGUCCCGUCUAAAGAGAAACAGUUGCAGAGCUUGCUAAAGCAUAUUUAACAACAAUGUUUUAACCCAGCACAUCUGGAGAAAAUAAGAGAUUGAUGGAAAGAGUGAAUUAAAAUCAAAACAAUAAGGUUGGAGGCCAGAAAGCCAAAAUAAUGACUGAAAUAGUUUCACGGAGCAGAUGAGAAUGAAGAGUGAGGUCAGGUUGAACAUUACCAAAAACUAUUUAUGUACAAGAAAAAGUAAAAAGGACUGCUACAGAGUGUUAAUAGACUCUCUUGUUCUCUCUACUACAGGAGGAGCAGGUGAGAAAUUGCUGAUGCCAGGUACAGGCUUCCUGACGGUGGGGGCUGCCAGCACCUUGGCAUUCUGCCAGGUACUACGAGAAGAGUACCCAGACGUGCCCUGCAAACUCAACCAGGUGAGACUCAAGUGGAAUAACACAGCGAGGCCCUGGUAUUUGUUUUCAUAAGUUUUACAGUUUAUCACAAUAACACAGGGAAAAUGAUAUUAGAACAGCUUGUAGUCUAACAACACAUGAACAAUCAGAUUGCUCUCAGGGCCUAUGUCCACUGAUACUGUUUUUUUUUUUUUGCAUUGGAAGCACCCAGAAUCUCAGUUUCAUAGCACUUCUUGUUGCUGCAGACUGUGGUUAGGUUAUGAAAGCUGCCACAGCAUUUCUGCAUACCUUAAACAUGACUGUUAAGCCCAUUUUAAAAUGCUCUGUAUGUUUUAUACUUAUGUCAAGACAGUCAUACAGAUAUUUAUGAGUGGAGAUGCUUAAAACAACUGAACUAUUCUCAACAGAAACACUGUGAAUGCAGCAACCAACAACAACUGCAACAACAACUGACACUCAGUUGAGGAUGCUGUGCGCCGUAAAUGCUGAGCUUCUUUUGUUUUCUAUUAAAAAAAAAGGUACGGCCAGCGCAAAAAAAAAAAAAAAAAAAAAAAAAAACAUCACAAAUGGACACAGGCCCUUACUACUAACUCAUCAGAAACUACCACCUACAGCAAUACCCAGAGACUUUAUCUUGGCCGAUUACUAAACUCCUGACCAAAAGAAUAAUAAACAUCUUGACUGCACAACUUCCUGAAACUUUGGGUGUCUAGUUGGGUGUGGAAAAUAAUUGUGACAGAUCCUGUUACAUUAAGAAACACAAUAAGUCUAGACAAAGUUGGGUAGUGAUGUUUUUUUUGGUGUCAGUGUUGCAACAGGGCGGGAAGUCUGCACUGCUGUAGAUAUUUUGAAAAUAAACACAAAGUCGACUUUGAUUUAUCAUUCUCACAACAACUGACACAAACAUGAUUACCGUUUACAGCUGCAAAAUGAAUGUAAUUUACUCCUCUGUGUUUAAGAGCAGAACACGUACAAUGCUUCCUCUGUUUAUUUCAUUUUGCUUUGUGAAUGGUUAGCUUCAAUGUUCUUUGUGUUUCGUUUCUUAUUAUAGUUUAGCUAACUUAAUUCUCCUGAGAAUACUUUUGUUUUUUGAUGUCACAGACUGAAAGACGUCUUUUAUAAUCUCAUGCUGAGCUUUGAGGCAUGACAUGAACAUUUCUGGGGUUGUGAGAUCAGGUAGAAAGAUUGGAGCGCUUUACAAAGUCAGUAUUACUGAAUUGUUGUUGGGGCAGGGACCAAAAGAAACAAACUCACUGACAGUCACAGCAGAUAAAGAUCCCUUUUUUAUAUUUCCUGACCCUCAUUUCUCACUUUUAUGUUAUUCUUUACCUUUACAGGCUGAUAAUCAUAUAGGUUAUUCACAUAGUGCUUACAGAAACAGACAGUACAAUGUGUGUUAUCUAAUGGCAUGAGUUACUAUAUGCUUUGGUGACAAGAUUUGUCAUAUAAGUGGACAGUCAUUAAGGACAAAAGUAAAUGUGUAAGUAUGAGUGGAGUUGGAUUUUGUCUCACAAACGUUGGUUAUAAAUCGUGACUAAAGCAGAUGGAAACCCCACGCUGUUAGACACACCCAGCAACCACUAGAUUACUGAAACCAGUAAGUGUUGGAACUAGUAGGGCCAUAUGAGUGGGGCAGUUACACCGGUCUUUACAAAUUUCUCUGCACACAUCUGUUUGUGAACGCCCUCAAGGUGACUCAGUUCAUCUAAGAGAAUGAGCAAACUCUAUUAUGUUACUUCUUUUUACCUUCAUGGCCCCUGAAUCUCCUUGGACGUAACCACUUUAAAGCCGUUCAGAGAUGCACUGCCAAUACAUGUAAAAAGAGAGUUAUGAGAAUUCAACUGAGAUGACACAAAUGCUUGGUUAAUCCUCUCUAGCUCAGGACACAAGAGGUCCAAGAGUGUGGCUAUAUUUCUUAAAUGAUUAAAAGAGGUAGAAACAAAACUAUUGACACUUUCAGAUCAACAUAUUCAAGGAAGACAUAAGAUCUAUAGUUUGAUUUAUUAUUAGUCCAAGAAAACCAUAUGCAGUCCAGCUAUUUCAACACUUCACACAGUCAAAAUGGACAGACAGCUUCUAAACAUUAUGUGCCUUAAAAGACUUGUACAGCUUCAUGUCAUCUGGAAAGAAAUGGUAGGGAGCAUCCUUGAAAGCACUAGUAAGAUAAAGAGGAAACAACACGGGGCCCAGUGCAGAGCCCUGAGAGACACCACAGGACAGGUACCGAUAAGACAUAUUUACUAACACUGACUAACCAGUCUUGGCUGAUCUGGAGAUACCCACCCACUGUCUGAACCUUGGUCAGCAUAAGGUAAUCAAAAGAGAGGCAGUAGGUUGGUCUUGUUUUUGUGAAGAGUCUGCCUGUGAACCCUCACUUGCGUUCUCUAGCCUCCUGUUAUGAAUGUAUCUUAUACUGUAGUCUUGUCUGUGUUCUGAUCAUUCUUGCAGGUGAAAAUCAACGCAGGUGUAGCCACUCCAGAGCGCAUAUCUCCUGGUUACUUGAACCACCUGGACCUGGGUGAAGCUGUGGCCACCCUUGUGGAAAGACCAAACACUUCCCACACGGUCUUCACCAUCAACUGUCCAGCAGACUUAAAGACUGUCCUUCUGGAGAGAAACCUUUAAGGAAAAACCUCCCUCCAGUCUAACCUUACACUACAUCGACACUUCCUCAGCUUCGACUUUUACUGAACUCUCCAAGAAAAGUCAUUCACAUUUUCUGUGGUUUAUUUGCUUCUCCUCCAAGAAUUGUUCACCAAAUCCACGCACACCUUUUCAACUGUUUUCAAAUGAUCUGUAUAUAAACUGCUUCCUUUUCCCUUAUUGAAUUAGCACCUGUUUCCUCUGCACUAAGUGUUGUGAUAUGCCUGUAAAAUCUAGUAAAUUUGCUGAAUGCACUUAAAAAUGAGAGCUCCUACAGUCAAACUGUCCAAUGGACUGUUACUUUGGAAAGGAUGGGUUUUCGAUUGAAUAAGUUUAGUUGGAUUUUAACAGUUGGAAAAAAAGUGUUAUACAUUUUCUUUUUUCUUUUUUUCUACAAACCCAGAAAGAUUGAAAAUUCCCUGUUAGGAGGUGAUGUAGUGUUAUGAUGGGUGGAUGCCUGUUUUAGCGAGCACAAUAGAUCACUGAAGUCCAUACAUGAGUAUAAGCUUCAUGUUAUUCCACGUAAUGAUAGCUGGCGGCCAAACUGCCUGAAAACUAGUGGACUAGUAAACACAAAUACAAAAACAAAGCUUUUAAAGAAUUUGACAAGAGUUUGCAAAUAUCACAUAAAAAAAUCCUUCAGUUAAUUGCAUAUUGAAUGUAAAUAUUAUUGAGAAUGGCAAAGUAAUGUAAAUGUAAAUCUGUGGACAAAACAAAUCUGACAUGUAAUUAGAAAGAGUAACAUGCAGGGUUGGUGUUCCUGAUUGUGAUGUGACCUGAAAUGUUUGGACCUCGUCACUCUUGACGUGUCUUUUAGGAAAGUUGUAUGUUAAGGAUUGUGCUUUUUGAAUCCUGAGAUGUUGUGAUUGAAAAGCUCUAAUAAACUGAGGAUAUUGCA